AUGACGAGAUUCAGAGUGCUGCUUGCGAUCGUGUUGGUGCUGGCAGUGGCGUCGCAUGCCUUCGCGCAGAACGGCAACGGCCAAGGGUCGACGAGCAACAACACGACCGGGUCUCAAGGCAGCAACAACCCCACGGGCGAUCCGUGCGUACCGGCGCAGGAAAUCGAGUGCACAACCAAGUGCAACUCGGGGAAUGUCGGCGUGUACUCGCGCUACUCACUCCCCGUGUUUCUGCAGAAUGCGACGUGUCCGCAGGAGUACAAUGACGCCGGCAUCCUGUGGAACGUGACCCGCGUGGCGCGGCCGUGUCCUUCGUCGCUCAACGACCCGCACUUCACGGGCGCGGAGGGUACAUCGUUCGACUUCAACGGGCUGCCCGACAAGAGCUUCUGCCUCGUCACGGACGCGCGAAUCCACGUGAACAUGCGCAUGCGCGGGUACUACGACGACCGCACGGUCGGCGCGUCGAUCCUGAAGGGCGGCAAGGCGGUGCGCACGUGGAUCAAGGAGCUGGGCAUUCUGUGGAUCGACGCGGCGGGCGUGAAGCACUCGUUCCGCAUGGCUGCGCGCGACGGCAAGGAGAUGGCGCGCGGCGCGGGGUACAUGGGAGCGAUGGAGUUCGACGGCAAGGCGCUGCCGCUGCUCUCCGUGGGCAGCAAGUACGCGCUGCCCGGCGGGCUGACGCUGGCGUUCACGGGGUACGAGAAGCAGGGCGGCGGGUUCUUCGACGUGGACGCGUACUCGCUGGAGGUGGACGGGCUGAUCAAGCUGGACGUGAAGCUGCGGCCCGCGCACCCGCUGCUGCAGACGGAGGCGGACGCGCAGACGCACAUCAACCUGCACUUCGCGAGCGUGGAGCGCACCCCCGCCAUGCACGGCAUCAUGGGGCAGACGUACCGCGAGGGCCGGCGGAAACGCGCGUUGGAGUACACGUCGCUGUCGGUGCUGCUGCGGCGGUCGUUCGCGGCGGACGGCGUGGAGGGCCGAGGGUACCUGGACGGCGAGGUGAAGGACUACCGCACGUCCAGCGUCAUGUCCGCCGACUGCCUCUACACGGCGUUCGACGGCCACACGCUACCACCCAUCAACGAGGCCAACGGCGUGCUACUGGCGUAA